AUGAAGUUUAGAAACCAGAUCCUGGCUACUUUGGGCCUGCUUGGAGUGACUGAGGCCAAUCUGGGCUCAGUCAAUGCCAUUAAACAUGCUGCCCAACAGAAUCCAGUCGCGCAGCGACCUCCAAACUUCCUCUUCAUUAUGUCUGAUGACCAAGAUCUUUUACUGGACUCGCUAUCCUAUACUCCGUUGACUAUGAAGCACAUGAGGGACAAGGGAACCACCUUCAGCAACCAUUUUGUGACCACGGCUCUCUGCUGUCCGUCAAGGGUUAGUUUGUGGACAGGACGUCUAGCACAUAACACCAACGUUACGGAUGUUCACCCACCGUGGGGUGGAUACCCUAAGUUUGUUCAAGGAGGGUUCGAUAAGAACUUUCUCCCCGUGUGGUUGCAACAAGCGGGUUAUGACACUUACUACACGGGAAAGCUGAUGAAUGCUCAUUCCGUUGAGACUUAUGCUAGUCCACAUGUUUCUGGUUUCAACGGAUCAGACUUUCUAUUGGAUCCCUACACCUAUGACUAUAUGAAUGCUACUUACCAGAGGAACCACGACGCCCCAGUCAGUUACUUAGGAAGACACACAACCGAGGUACUGACAGAGAAGGCCAUGGGAUUCCUGGACGACGCCCUGGCUGGAGAACGUCCAUUCUUCCUGGCUGUGUCGCCAAUUGCACCCCAUUCAAACAUGAAUGGGACAUACGGUGCCGGAAGUGGGCCGUUAUGGAUGGAUGAACCCAUCCCAGAAGACCGCCACAGGCACCUUUUCCCUGAUGCUAAAGUGCCUCGUACAGCCAACUUCAACCCUAAGAAUUUGGAUCCACGACCUUCCUUUCAGGAAGACACGGAGGUUGAGUAUAAUGACCAUUACUAUCGCCAACGGCUUCGUGCGUUACAGGGUGUGGACGAACUCGUUGAUACUCUUAUUACUCGGUUGGAGCAGAGUGAUAAGCUUGACAAUACGUAUAUUAUCUACACCUCGGAUAAUGGCUUUCAUAUCGGGCAGCAUCGACUUCCUCCGGGAAAGACGUGCGGGUUCGAUGAGGAUAUCCGAGUCCCAUUUUUCAUCCGAGGACCUGGAAUCCCAGAGGGAGUGGUGGAAGACUCUGUCAGCACCCAUAUCGACCUGGCUCCGACUUUCUACGAACUGGCGGGGAUUCCCCUGAGGGAUGAUUUCGACGGCGCGCCUAUGCGCAUUCGAGGAAAUGGCGUGGAGAGUCUGCACGAGCAUGUAACCGUCGAAUAUUGGGGACAGGCGAUGCUUGAGGGAGGACUAUCUAACCUUGGCAAGCCAACCGUGCCAAAUAAUACGUACAAGGUGGUGCGUAUAUUGAGCGAGGAGUACAACCUCUAUUAUUCUGUAUGGUGCAAUAAUGAACACGAACUUUACGAUCUCACCAGUGACCCACAUCAAAUCAACAACCUGUAUGUCACCGCGCAGGCAGGUAACUCACAAGAAACCCAGAUCAUAGGAUACAGCCUUUCGAAACUUGUUCCGAGACUUGAUGCUCUCCUCUUGGUCUUAAAAUCCUGCAAAGGAACUUCCUGCAUCGAACCAUGGAGUGUGUUGCAUCCCGAUGGAUCUGUGCAUAGCCUUCGGGAUGCCCUGAAUGAGAAGUACGAUUCCUUUUACAAUGCUCAAUCCAAGGUAGCCUUCGACCGAUGUGAGUAUGCAUAUAUCAUUGAUGCAGAGGGCCCACAAGAAGCAUUAGCGUAUAGAAAUGGAUACAGCCUGGAUGCGUGGGUAUGA